AUGUUUCCCCUGCACACACCAGACGGUAACACUGAUACAGGAAAAGUUCAGUAUGUCAACCCAAAUAUCGCUUUCAUUUGGCCGUCAGACUUGCUCGAUGACGAUGAUAAGGUUGAAGAGGCCACAAACGUCAACACUCCAACAACUAUUGUCGAGGACGCCAACGGUGAUGGGUUUGCAAUGUCUUCUUGCCCAAGCGAAGAGAGCCAAACUGGCAAGGAUGAGACUAAUGGUCCAGUUCAUUCCUGGGUCCUGCACGGGAUUGAUGACGAUGGUGUUGAAACAGAGAAAAUUUUCUAUCCGCAAUUCGCCACCAAGCACGGUGUGCUGUGGAGAUAUUUUCUAGCUACCUAUGCCAAUGGAGCUGAGAAAAAAGUGCGACUAGUCCAGGAGCCAACAUCCCAGCUUCUCAUUAAAACGACACCAGCGGCCAGAGCGUCUACUGAUAGAGGCAGUGAUAAACCUGACGACGAGUUGGAGCGUUGGACUAUCGAAGCUAUCUAUGCCAAUGGUCGACGGAGAAGGUUAUAUCCAGACUCAAUAUAUGACGGCACAAUACCAAUUCGCAACUGGCAUAUGUGUAUUGUCCAAACCAACGGCGAUUUAAAAAAUCAACAAAUAUACCCCGAAAUAUGCUCACCGGAUGAUACCCUCGUCAGGGACAGUCAUCAAUCUUAUGCAAUUCUUGCCGAAUCCAGCGGCGGGCUGCCAGUUUCAGAUGCCGGAAACAUCGAAAAAUACGGUGAUGUGGAUGAACAAACAAAGAUCUCUCAGCGUGCCAGUAUUGCGACCACAACUGGCACCAAAAUUAGACCCUCAGGAGGUGAUGACACGCCAUGCGACGGUGGGCCAUCGUUAAAGAGAAAGAGAACUGACGACGUAUCUACGCCUGAGCUCAACUUCGAACGCGCCGAUCACAGAGGAGAAGUGUGCAUCAACUUUCAUUCUCACACCACAACUGGCGGUGCCGCCGAGCGGACGGACAGCGAUGACAACGCCUUGUUGGAAAAAUGCAGCAAAGUCCCCGACGAUGGGACCGAUAGGAGCUCUGACGGGAUCUCGGAUGCCGGUCAAACUAAAGACACUGCGAGCCAGAGGGGUUCUGGUAAAGGAGUAUUGGAGCGGGUCGGCUCGUUGGAUACCGCAGAGAACGCCACGAUCGGUUUCAUCCGACAACUAAAGGCGACCUACGACACGUAUACGCCGCUCGCACGAGUGUCUCAAUACUCCGCUAGUGCCAUUGUCGGCAGUCUCUAUCCAUAA